AGUUGUCUCAUCAGAGCCUGCUGGGUCAAAGACUUCGACAAAUGCUGUUAAUAAAGAGGAGACAGCAGAGACACCGACUGCUAGUGCAUCUACAACGUCGGAAGACCCAUCGGAGAAGACUGGUACUGCAGCCACUGUAUCGGAUGCUACUCGCGGCAAAGAAGGCACCGAAACUACGGAUUCACCGACUUCAAGUGGUGGAAAGAGCGACAAGAGUGUUAGUGUUGGUGCUCCGAACAGCGAGAGUAAAUUUUCUUUCGACAAAUCCGAGGUUGAGAAGAAGCAUGAUGAAUCUACUGCUGACGCUCAGUCGGCAGAACAGAAAACGCAACCGAAGGAUGACGCAGCGGCCACAAAGGAGAAGACCGACGCAGCUGCAGCCAAGGACAAGACUGAGCGUAAGCAGGCAAUGCGAAUCCUCCAAUCGCUAGCACCUGUCAAUUCUGCGGAGCCAGUGGCCCCGUGGUGGAUUUCUCGAGUCGACGACGUUAUGCUCGUGUUGUACGUGUACCGCGAUGGAUGGUUAAAGGGACGAACUCUUCCAAGUCGGAUGGUGGACUCGACGACCCUGUUUGGAGACCGUGCGAAGCGAUAUCCGAUUGCUGAGUGGCCUUCCCUGGCAAAUCUCAAUCGACGUCUUAAGGUUGUGCUGCACGUGUGGACUGCUGUAAAGGCAACUCCGCCUAUCGCGGCAUCCAUCGCUACAGCUUUGACUAUUAGCUCUGCGAAGUAUCAGCGACAACAGGAAAAGCAACAGCAACUACUGCGUCUACGCGAGCAGCAACGUGCGCAACAAGCACGUAAUUACGCCAGCACCUCGCUCCACAGCGUACGUCACAACCAGUUUGCGAAGCUUGUGUUCUCGUACGGUAUUCCAGACGUCAGUACGUGUCGAGACAAACGUGAACGGAACGAGAAGUGGCGUUAUUUCCUGCAGGACAGUCAAUUGGAAGUCGGACACCAUCCGUUGGAGGAACUCCUCGCUGAAUCGCUAGAUCUGGAGCGCGUGUGUCGUCAGCGUCUUCGUACCGAAGCUGAUGGAAGGGGCCACAAUGAGCUCAGCGAAGAGAACUCGAUUUUGGGCGGCAAACGUGGCUAUUGGCUGCUCACAACGACGCAGUGUCGACGCUUAUUGCAUCGCGUGGAUCUGUUUCGACUGCUUCGGACUCAGAUCCUUGUGUUGCCUCCAGCUCAGCUCGUCGACUUGGUUACUCGUGUAGUUAGGGCCCAGUCGGCGUCUACAGAUUAUCCAGCAUGGUGGAGAAGUCCAAGACACGACAUUCUGCUGCUACAAGGCGUUGAAUGCUACGGACUCGAUGAUCAUUUGGCUUCAGUAUGGAAACUACCGUUGUUCAGCUCGGCCAAUAAGACAACCUCUUUCCCUAGCUCCAGUUGGGUGGAGAACUACGUGACGGCGCUCGCUCUCGGUUGCCGCCACUUGGUUCGCAAGGUCCGCACCUAUCAGAAUGAUGCAUAUAUCCGCACUUUGUUCCGUCAGUGCGUUUGCGGCAGAUUAUCGAGAAACAACAGCAAGCAGACACGAGCCGAGAGACCGCCUCGGACAAGACCAAAACGCAACGUGCGGAGUUGA